ACUGACAUUUCCUGUGUUUUAGUAAGUCCUCAUGUGAGCAAAUCUACUGAGAGAACAAAGGAGCAGAACUUCUGAGGAGCAGAGGGGAGACAGACAAAACAUUUUUAAAGGUGUCCUUUUUUAACUUUUGGCUUUUAUUUUUGGAUUUGCCCAUCAUUGACCUUUUCUGUUAUGAGAAAAUGUUCUUGGAAGGAGUGUUACUGGCUGCAUUGUGCAUGAGCCUAGUCCCCAGCAUCCUGACACAGGAGGAGGCAGCAGCAAAACCACUUGGACUGGGGAACGUUACAGAAUCGGUGGUAUUCAUUGAGAAACGAGGGGACACACCAGAUGUCAUCAUAGAUACGUAUCUGCGAAAGAUCUUUUUUGGAAAUGAAGAGGUAACUGUUCCACAAACAGAUAGUCCUCAUAUACUGCCCAACACUGAUGCUCCACUAAUCCAUGAUGUUACAACAGUUUCUAUUAUACAAAAUGAAAAAGGUAUUGAGCAAGAUAUAGAGGAGGAGGAAGAAGAAGAAGAUGAGACAGAAGAAGAAGAUGAUAAACUGGAAGACAGCGUGCCAACAACUGCAGCACAACCCUCAACAACUGCUCCACUGGAUGAUAAUUUCAAUUAUUUCAUGUCCAGAUUAAGUGCCAUAGAAUCUGCGAUCCAUCGUCUUAAUGUCCAGUUCUUUGGCCUGGAUGUCAAGGUGAACCAGAUGUCAAAAAGCCUUUCCAAUAUUCGGACGAAACUGGUCGACGCAGAAGACAACAUUGCAACUGUUUCCGAACUGAAUCUCAGGAACCAGAGACAAAUUGGACAGAUUGAAGGUUGUUUUAAAGGGAGGAGACUCUUGAGAAAGUGUUAUCUUAUUUUUCAACACUUUGAAAAUUAUGAAACAGCCCAAAAGCUUUGCCACAGUCGUGGGGGCAACCUGGCGAUGCCGAUCGAUGAGCAGGAGUAUGCUGCCCUGGCAAAAUAUAUCCACGACUCAUUCUAUCCUUUCAACUGGAAUAUAUGGAUUGGAAUUAAUGAUCUGCGCUCAGAAGGAAUGUACCAGUAUGAAAAUGGCCAUCGGGUUUCAUUCUUCAACUGGUACAAAGAUCAUAUGAUUGUACAGCCCAACGGAAAGACCCUGGAGAACUGCGUUUCUAUCACAUCCAUUGACGGCAAGUGGUGGGAUCAUGAGUGCUCACGGAGAAUGUUCUAUGUCUGCGAGUAUUAAAUGACAUGUGAUUCAAGGUGGGGGGGGUCAUUUUAUUUUUUAUAAAUGUUCAGUAUGGCGUAGUGAAGCCUAAUUUAAAGGCAUCUUUGUAUUUAUUUAUACAGUAUAACUUGGGGCCAGUAUACUGCUUCUUCUGGCAAGAAACAAUAUAAUAUUGUGUACUGUAUAUAGAUGCUAAUGAAAUAGUGCCUCCUUUGGCAAAAAUGGUGAAAUGAUUAUGUGACUUUACCACUCUCACAGCGUGAGAUAAAUAAUAAUACAGCAUACGGUAAUUAAAGAUGGUGCUUUGCUCAAUAUGUAUACAAUUAACAAAUUAGUAAUUAGAGUGUAAGCGCUAACUAACUGUAAUAAAUAUGGAUUAAUUUUUAAGUG